AUGAUUGGUACGCAAAGUGUUGUUGCCUUCUCAAAAAAUUUAAAAUUUCCUGUUUUGCAGCCUCAUAAUCACAGAAGGGCAGUAAGCAGUGAAGAACCAUCAUUAGAUGGAUCGAUGGAUGAGGAACAGGGAGCUUUGAGCGAUUCAGAUCUAGCACGGAUCGCAAGAACUCAGACACUGGCCACGCAAGCUAAAGGUCCUUCAAGCGAUGCGUUAGAAUCCGAGUGUCGAGCUGAACAGAGCUACUUGGAUGUCUUUGAUAAUAGUUCGUUAUCUGAUGAAUGGAUAGAUGUAGUUGGUACUGGGCAAUUAUUAUGCAAGGUUGAAUCUAAAGGCAAUGGACCGAAGCCGCGUAACGGUCAGCGUGUGAAAAUUCGAGUAACUGAUCAAAAAUUAGGCAUCGAUUCAGUUGAAGUACAAACAUUUGUUCUUGGAUUUAGUAUGGUUAUUGAUGCAUGGGAAUUAGUGAUUCAACUUAUGCAUGAAGGCGAGAUUGAUUAUUUGAAGACGGAUCAUCGAUUUGCAUAUGGUAGUAUUGGUGAACCUUCUAGAGGAAUACCGCCUUAUCAGUCUAUGGAGUACAUACUUGAAUUAAUUGAAAUUAUUGAUUUGCCGAUUUUUUCGCAGACACCUAGAGAUGAUCUCAUAUUAUUUUUGUCUGAACUUAAAGAACGUGGAAAUUAUUAUUAUGGAAGACGAGAAUUCGAUAAGGCUGUAUAUGUUUAUAAAAGAGGCACAGAUCUAAUUAAUAUUCCCGAAGACGAUGAUAUUUUAUGUGGCCUCAUGUCAGUACUUUAUUCGAAUCUGGCCGUUUGCUAUGCCAAGGUUACUUUCCCAUUUCUGUUGGAUACGUUUUUCAUUGCAUCUAUGCUAUGUGACUGGGAUAUGACAUUAGAUGCCUCAAAUAAGGCUCUACAACUGAAUCCUGAAAAUACAAAGGCAUUAUUUCGAAAAGCAAACGCCUUUGCAAAUCUCAAUUUAAUUGAAGAAGCAAUUACUACUCUUAGGUCAGCUAUAAAUAUUGACCCAGAAGAUCAGUUCAUCAGAAAGGAAUUGAACCGUCUAAAAGUAAGAUUUCGAUUGUACCAGGAACAAGAACGCUCUUUAUGUAAAAGAAUGAUAUCAGGAAGAUGUCUUGAAAAUGAAACAAAAUUUCGUGCUCACGGCACCCGUUUAAGAUACGUUCUCCUAACAAUUUUCUUCAUUUUCUUCGGUUUAUUUAUUCAUUUUUUGUUAGUUUCAGUUUUUUUCACUAGGUAA